AUGUUUGGGCAGUCAUGUUACUUUAGCUCACUUCGCCAGCUUCCUGUUAUUGCUAUUUGUGGAGCUACUGGGACUGGGAAAUCGAAACUAGCAGUAAGCCUCGCCAAUGUUUUCGGAGGUGAGGUCGUCAAUUUCGAUGCUCUUCAAUUGUAUAGUGGGAUAGAUAUUGCAACAAACAAGAUAUCACAUGUUGAGUGUUUAGGCGUCCCACACCAUCUUAUAGGGAUCUAUCCUCCAGAAUUGGGACAUAGAUAUGAUGUUCAUUCAUAUCGAGACAUCUGUUUACCGCUGAUUGAAAAUAUAAGAAAUAUCAGGAAAAAAUUACCUAUUCUUGUUGGUGGGACUCAUUAUUAUUUGGAGGCUAUUUUAUGGCAAGAUUUUCUAGCUUCGAAACGUACUAUUUUCGAUGCAACAAGUGAAUUUGAUAGUGAAGUUUCUUUUGGGCAUCCAUUAGAAUGCUAUGAUCUUUUGCGUACUCUGAAACCAGAUGUAGCCGCACAAUUGCAUCCGAAUAAUGUUCGUAAAGUAAAGAGAGCACUUCUCGAUGUUCUGAAAGGAUCUAUUCAGACUAAAACACAAACUGAAUUGAAUGAAAAUAUAGAAAAUGUAGAUUUGGGAAAACAAGUGUUAAAUCGAUCUAUUAAACCUCGAUAUCCUGGAGAGUCGCUCAUAUUAUGGCUGGACUGUGCUUCCGAUGUUUUGUAUACUCAAUUGAAUAAGCGAGUGAAUAGAAUGUUGGAUUCCGGGUUAGUUGAUGAAUUGGACACUUUUCUUGACAAGGUGAAUGUUUUACCAGAUAGAUUCAGUGAGACUGAAACAUAUGAUACGCCAGACAUUGCAAAACGAACUCGAGUGGAAAAGUUAAGGGCAUUGUUUGCUCAAGAGUUGGAGUCAGUCUCAAACCCUAUGAUUCGUCGUGGCCUACUUCAAAGUAUCGGACUCAAAGAAUUUUCAGAUUAUUUAGCUUUAUUACCAGAAGAACGUGACACUAUUGAGGGAAAUAAUCUUCUGAAGCAAGCAACAGAGAACGUUAAAACAGCUACUCGACAGUAUGCACGUCGUCAGGUUUCUUGGAUUAGAAAUCGAUUUUUACGACGUCCUAUAGAAGGUAGCAUUCCCGUUUAUCGUAUAGAUGUGACAGAUUUUUUAAACUCUGAAUCUCCAGAUAUUUGGCAUAAGACAAUUAUUGCACCAACUGUACGCUUAGUCUACAAUGAAUUAAUAAAAAUAGAUGAUUUACUCUUUGAAAACUUGAAAAACAAUGAUUAUCUGAAAAGUUUACUUGAUAUUUGUUCUGAAAAUUCUUGUCCUAAAGCAGAAUCAUUACUUUUGCCUAAAUCUUUUACUGAAUCAAACAAUAACAACAAUUCUCCAUUCAUUUGUUCAAUAUGUUCAAAUAGAAUAUUUACACAAAUCGAUGGUUGGGAAGCUCAUUUAAAAAGUAGAUCCCAUCAGAAACGUGCAGCAAAAUAUAAGAAAAGAUUACUUAUCGAGAAAGCAAUGAAAAAUUUAUCAUCAUAA